AUGGUGCUAUUCAAUCCUUUGUACACACUCUUGGGCUUUGCGUACCAGUUGCAAAGCACCUGUACCCGCCUUGUGAACAACCGUAUCGCCGAUGCGCUCCGUGCAGGCGCUGCGGUGCUUGAAGGAGAGGGCGCGUCCCCAUUGCCGACCGAUGCCGUGCGGCACCGGUCGAUGGAGCCGCAUUUCUUGGUGCACCUACUCUCUUCUGAGCAGUCGCCCAUCUCGGACUACUUUGCUCAGCCAGGCGCCCAGCCAUACGAAAUUGGCGCGGAUGUGAUCCAAGAGGGGCACCCUUUCAGCACGCAUCCCAUGCAGCCUUCGGAGGCGGUCGAUGGUCAACUCGUGCUGCGUGAAGCGCUCGGGACUAUGGCAUGCAGUCUCGUGUAUCAGCUGGAUCUUACGUCUCCCGAUCUGCACGGCACUUCUGACUUUGCGAGUGGCAAGCACGCCAAUGAAGUUGGCAGUGUACUAUUCCUUGCCCAAAUCCAUGCCGUCGAGCAAGGGCCCGAUUCCCCUACGCCCCGCCGCCCGCUCGUUUACUGGAACCAAAAUUACUGUAAGCCGUCUAAAAGCAAGUAG